GUACUAUGUAUAAUAAGAAGCUUUUCCAGUGAUGGCUGACGAGGGCAUGCAGUUUGCGCAGCCGGAUAGCAAAGAAAUCACAGCUACAAGGUAAACUGAAAGAUGUGAUAGCCCAAUCGACAGCAUACAGCAUCCAUCGUAAGGCGUACUCCACCAAGUGAACCUCUGCUCCAGGCCUCUUUGGAAAGCGCGAGCAGUUGGCAUCCUCCAAGCGGGUGUGAUGCAUAGCUUGACGAGAGCACCUAGGACUUAGGAGCACCGACCCCGCUCAUUUGGGAAGUGCCUACUUUGAUGCAGUGGUCUUGAGCUCGGGCAUUGCGCAAGACAGACUAGUUGCAGGCCGCACCGAAGGUUUGCGUUCCGCCUUGAGUGAGAGGUUGGGCGAAGGCGGCUAUGAGGAAUCAGUUGGCGAGUGCGAGGAGGACCUGCAUGGCCUCGCUGGAGGGACCCUCCAGCCCGCCGUCGCAGGAGCUUCGUAGCAUGAGCGAUCUCGACAAAGUGGAGAUGGGACCCGUCCCGCUGCGCCCAUACAACAUGACAACACAACGUCUGCACUCUUGUUCUUUGGCUGCCCACACACCGACAAUCACCGAUCGCCCCCACCCCGUUGUUGUCUUCCUUAGUACCAUAGCGUCCUUCGCUAUGGAGGACUUGCGUAGAAAGCCAGUGCGGUAGGGUUAGGAGCGAAGGGAAGGGCCGCGGGAAUGGCGGGGCCGAUGAGAGAGUGGAGAGCACGGAUGGUUGUAAUUGUUGGUAGGCUUGGGAGAAGCUCAAGGUGUAUACGCACGACAGGUAUCCGGAGGUAACGACUGGACCAAUUCCGGUGGUAGAGUUCGAGCAGUAGAUCGUGUUCACAUGUCAAUAGGGGUGGUGGAUUGCAUAGUCAAGACAUUGACAUAACAUAAUACCAUGUAUCGUCACACGAUACAAGCCGGUCCCAUCCAACCCAGGUAGCAUUUGCAACUCACAGUUCGAAUUCGGAGCAGGUAGCCUCUAAUUUGUCGGGAAAGAGCCAAGUCGUGUUCCGGAGUUCCAGUGAUCAGUUGGAUUUGUUGGAAAUGCAGCAGACAUUGUCCCUCGCCGUGAUAGCCUCGGGCUCCAUGCCAUGUGAGACACAAGAGGUCAGGGAGAUGCAGCUGGGUCACGAGAGGGAGAAGACAUAGAGCAAGGCGGAGACGGAGUAGUAGGAACUUUUCAAGGGAAGGUGCGGGUGCGAUCGUACGGCAGAAGUGCAGAGACCAAGACGCUAUACGUAUCUGCAGACCCUAGUGAAAGGAGUCUAAGUAGACGAAUAAU